AUGGAACAAUCUUAAAUUUCUAAGAAUCUUAAUACAUCUUAACCAACAAAUUUUGACUGGGCUAACCCACUCUUAACAGAUCACUACCAGGUCACCAUGAGCUAUGCGUAUUGGAAUAAUAACAGACAUAACGAUGUUGCUGUGUUCGAAGCCUUCUUUAGAAAGAAUCCAUUCAAGGGAAAAUUUACAAUUUUCGCCGGGCUUGAUGAAGUCACUCACUUCAUUGAAAAUUUUAAGUUUACUGAUCCUCAGAUAGAAUAUUUAAAAACAGUAAUGCCCUAGGCUAAGCCUUAGUAUUUUGAAUGGCUAAAGAACUUAGACACAUCAUAGGUUAUAGUUUCAGGAGUAAGAGAUGGAAGGUUAGUCUUCCCAAGGGAGCCUUUGCUUAGACUUGAAGGUCCCUUGACAAUAUUGCAACUCUUAGAAACACCAGUCUUAAAUCUUAUCAACUUUGCAUCUUUAGUAUGUACUAAUGCCUCAAGAAUGAAGUUUUUAGUGGGAGAAGGAAGAUCUUGCAUUGAAUUUGGGUUAAGAAGAGCUUAGGGUCCGAAUGGAGCUAUGACAGCAACUAAAUACUCAUAUCUUGGAGGAUUUGACGGUACAAGCAACGACUAUGCAGGAUAUCUCUACGGUAUUCCAGUUGUGGGGACUCAUGCUCACUCUUUUGUUAUGUCAUUUGAAAGCCCAGAUGAAAUAAAUGACCACAAAUUUUUGGAUGGAGUUGAUGUCUUGGAGAAAGCAAUGAAGUUCAGAACUGAAUUAGGUUGGGAAUAGACUGAGCUAUCCGAACUUUAUGCUUUUGUUUCAUACGCAUGUUCCUUUCCUAGAAAUUUCAUAGCUUUAGUAGAUUCUUACUCUACCUUAAACUGUGGAGUUAAAAACUUCCUUAGCGUAUAUUUAGUUCUCUAUGAACUUGGUUACAAGGAAGGAUCUUACGGAAUCAGGCUAGAUUCUGGUGACCUUAUCCAGCUUUCUGUUGACUCAAGAAGGAUGUUCAAUGAGACUGGCAAAAGAUAUGGAUAUGAUUUUUCACAUUUAAAGAUAUUUGCAUCAAACGAUAUCAAUGAAGACAGGAUAAAGGAAUGCAACAGUAAGGGCCAUGAAAUCAAUGCAUUUGGGAUAGGUACGAAUUUAGUCACUUGUUAGGCCUAACCUGCUUUGGGAAUGGUUUACAAACUUGUUGAGAUAAAUGGCAUUCCAAAAAUUAAGCUGAGUGAUGAAGUUGAAAAAACUAGCCUUCCAGGAAAGAAAAAGAUCUUGAGAGUAUAUUUAAAUGAAGGUGAUAUUCAACCAAGUUUCGACAUUUUAGCAUUAGAGGAUGAUACCUUAAAAGAUAAUUAAGAAAUUAAGGUUUGGAUUCCAUUUACAAAAUAAGAAAAAACAGUCACCCCUUUUAGAAUAGAAGAGCUCACUAAUGUUUUAAUUGAAAACGGAAAAUCGAUACUUGAUGCUGUGAAGAUUUAGGACAAGAGAACUAGAUGCAUGGCUGAAUUCCAGGCCUUUGGAGGAAAGGAUAGACUUCUAGAUGAUACCAAUAAGUCUGACGAGUAUUAAGUAUAUCUGACAGACAGUCUAAAUACUAUGCUUAAUGAAACUCUAAAUAAGGUUAAGCCACAAUGA